GAGGAGGCAGAGAGAAAGGGAGUCUUCGCUGGGGUCAGAGAAUGGCGGAGAGCCGGAAUGAUCCACGUCCUUCUCCUGAACGGCGGUUUUAAGCCGGGGAUAACGCACUGCAGGAACGCGAUCCGAUUGAAAAAGCGGCGAGGAGCGAACAGAAACAGAGGCACGCAUACGGAGGGUAGACAGCGCCGCGCUCGCGGCUUCCGCUCAGUCUCAGGAUGUUCUGUCAGCCGGGGAUACGGUGGGUGCUUAUGGGCGCGUUCCUGCACACGGUGUCGCCCCGGGAGCACCGCGCGCGGCCAAGGCAAUGUGACACACCUAAGACGCAGAGCGAUAUGAACUCCUUCUUGUGGACUGUGCGCAGAGAGCCUCCUUACCCACCAUCCUACCUCUUCGGGACCAUCCAUGUGCCCUACACUCGGGUGUGGGACUUCAUCCCGGAGAGCUCGAAGCAGGCCUUCCAGACCAGCACCAGCGUCUACUUCGAGCUGGACCUGACUGACCCCUUGACCAUCUCCAAGCUGACAAGCUGCCAGCUUCUGCCUCAUGGUGAGAACCUACAGACACUGCUGCCUCGUGACCUCUAUAGGCGCCUGAAGCGCCACCUCGACUAUGUCAGACACAUGAUGCCCUACUGGAUGACGGCAGACCAGCGUGGGCGCGGCCUCUAUGCCGACUACCUAUUCAAUGCCAUUGCGGGCAACUGGGAGCGCAAGCGGCCCGUGUGGGUGAUGCUGAUGGUGAACUCGCUGACUGAGUCGGACGUGCGUUCCCGUGGUGCCCCCGUUCUUGACCUCUUCCUGGCCCAGGAGGCCGAGCGCCUGGGCAAGCGGACAGGUGCCGUGGAGAGAGUAGAGGAGCAGUGUCACCCCCUCAACGGACUCAACUUUUCCCAGGUGCUGUUUGCCCUGAACCAAACGCUACUGCAGCAUGAGAGUGUCCGUGCCGGCAGCCUGCAGGGUGCCUACACCACCGAGGACCUCAUCACCCACUACAACUGCGGCGACCUCAACUCCAUCAUCUUCAAUCACGACACUUCCCAGCUUCCACACUUCAUUAACAGCUCCCUGCCGGACCACGAGCGCAUCACAGCACAGCAGAUCGACAGCUACUUUCGCCGGGAGCUCAUCCACAAGCGGAACCAGCGCAUGGCACGUCGUGUCUCUGCCCUCAUGCAGCGGAGCCCCACCCAGACUUUCUUCUUUGCCUUUGGGGCAGGCCACUUCCUGGGGAACCACAGUGUGUUGGACAUACUGCGGCAGGAGGGUUACGAGGUGGAGCACACACCCCCUGAACAACCAAUCCCAGAGCACCCGUUCCAGGAUAUCACCGAGGUGUCCAGCACGACGGGGCCCCAGUCAUCAACCGAGGUCCCCCUCACUGGGGUCAGUGGAUCUCCAGAGCCAGGAGCAAGCCAAGACAACCUGCCGCACUUGCUACUCCCAGACAGCUUGAGUCAGCUGGAGGAGUUUGGGAGGCAGAAACGGCCCCGGAAGCACCAUCGCACCCACAACCGACCCCGGCUCUUCAGUGAUCUCUGGGUCCGCAUGGAGGCUAGCACCAGUCCCAUUCCAAAUAUCAGGAUAACAAAUGGCUACGUUACAGUGGAACCGCCUCUAACACAUCAGCAGCAGCUUCGAAGGACUGUACUGGGCCCCUUGAGGCCGUCUGCGAGGCCAGCCGUAUCCCAGAGCCCACCAAACUCCGCAUUGCCUGCCACUGGCCACAGCCUCACGUGCCUCAUAGCCUGCCUAGUUGUGCACAUGUCACUUGCCUCCUGACUGCAAGCGGGAGGCCACAUAUGUGAACUGCUUCCUGUCCUUGGACUGAGGAGUGGGAGGUAGCUGUCCACCCAGUAAGGCCAGAGACCCAGAGAACAGACCACUGCCAUCCUGGAAAACCAAAGAAUAUCCAGAGUCUGUCUGCAGGCGUCUACUGUUUGUCUGAGUUGUUUUCACACAGAUGAAGGCGGCUGUAACCAGAACAACAUAUUUACAUAUCUUAACAACAACAUACUCGCAUAUCAGAGGGCGGACUGGCCAACA